AUGUGUAAAGACUUUGUCAGCACCCUGCCCACCGCACUCCUCACCUUCUCACCACCUGCCUCUUCUGACCUGUAUUCUGGAUCAGGGCCUUACUGGUGCAUAGGAAAAGCCGAGCUAGUUGCUCCCAGGGAUGCCUCAGAGGAAGAUGCCCAGACUGUACUGGCCCUCAGCACCAGGCCCUGCAAGGAGCCCCCGCCUUGGGAAAACAGGACAGGAAUUAGGGAUUCCAUACCGGCUCAUGAUAGAACAAUCCAAAAAGGGCCCGAGAGCAAGUAUCCGCUGCACUACCUCGUGUGGCACAACCGCCACCGCGAGCUGGAGAAAGAGGUCCGCGCCGGCCAGGUGGACAUCGAGCAGCUGGAUCCCCGUGGGCGGACCCCCCUGCACCUGGCCACCACACUGGGACACCUCGAGUGUGCCCGUGUGCUCCUGGCACAUGGUGCAGAUGUGGGCAGGGAGAAUCGCAGCGGCUGGACAGUGCUUCAGGAGGCUGUGAGUACCCGGGACCUGGAGCUGGUGCAGCUGGUGCUGAGGUACCGGGACUACCAGCGGGUGGUGAAGCGGUUGGCGGGCAUCCCCGUGCUCCUGGAAAAGCUGCGCAAGGCCCAGGACUUCUAUGUGGAGAUGAAAUGGGAGUUCACUAGCUGGGUGCCCUUGGUGUCCAAGAUCUGCCCUAGUGACACCUACAAAGUGUGGAAGAGUGGGCAAAACCUGCGGGUAGAUACCACGCUCUUGGGCUUUGACCACAUGACGUGGCAGCGAGGGAACCGCAGCUUCGUCUUCAGGGGCCAAGACACAAGCGCCGUGGUCAUGGAGAUUGACCACGACCGCCGGGUGGUGUACACAGAGACUCUGGCACUGGCUGGGCAGGACCGUGAGCUGCUGCUGGCUGCUGCCCAGCCCACUGAGGAGCAGGUGCUGAGCCGGCUUACCGCGCCCGUUGUCACCACGCAGCUUGACACCAAGAACAUCUCCUUUGAGAGGAACAAGACUGGCAUCCUGGGCUGGCGCAGUGAGAAGACAGAGAUGGUGAAUGGGUAUGAAGCCAAGGUAUACGGGGCAUCCAAUGUGGAGCUCAUCACCCGGACACGGACAGAGCAUCUUUCAGAACAGCACAAGGGCAAGGUCAAAGGCUGUAAGACACCUCUGCAGUCCUUCCUGGGAAUUGCUGAACAGCACGGGGGCCCCCAAAAUGGGACCCUGAUCACUCAGACUCUGAGCCAAGCCAACCCCACUGCCAUCACUGCAGAAGAAUACUUCAACCCCAACUUUGAGCUUGGCAACCGGGACAUGGGCCGCCCCAUGGAACUGACCACCAAGACACAGAAGUUCAAGGCCAAGCUGUGGCUGUGUGAGGAGCAUCCCCUGUCCCUGUGUGAGCAGGUGGCCCCCAUCAUUGACCUCAUGGCUGUCAGCAAUGCGCUUUUCGCCAAGCUCCGGGAUUUCAUUACCCUGCGCCUGCCCCCUGGUUUUCCUGUCAAGAUUGGUGAGACCCCACCCCCAUUUCUCUUCAGCCGCUGUUGGUUCUACAAGUUGCACGAAAGAAAAUGUGAGCCCAUCAUCAUGACUGUGCCCCGCAAGUCAGACUUGUUCCAGGACGAUCUAUACCCAGAUACGCCUGGCCCUGAGCCAGCCCUAGAAGCUGACGAAUGGCUAUCUGGCCAGGACGCGGAACCCGUGCUCAUCUCGUUGAGGGACGGUUACAUACCUCCCAAGCACCGUGAGCUUCGGGUCACCAAGCGCAAUAUUCUGGACGUGCGCCCUCCCUCGGGCCCCCGCCGCAGCCAGUCGGCCAGCGAUGCCCCAUUGUCGCAGCACACUCUAGAGACGCUGCUGGAGGAGAUCAAGGCCCUUCGUGAGCAGGUGCAGGCCCAGGAGCAGCGCAUCACGGCUCUGGAGAACAUGCUGUGCGAGCUGGUGGACGGCACGGACUAG